CCAGCUCGUUUAUUUUACUGCACGAAAGGUGCGUCCACUAACCCCGGUCGGCUGAAGUCGAUCUCGAUCCAGAGUUCCAGACUCUCACUCACCACCUACCCUGAAAACAAAGAAGACCUCAAGUCAUCUCUUGCCAGGAUUUCAAUCCUCAACGCCGCCGGCCGGCUGGGAGAACAAGCAAAAAAUUGCAUUUCCUCAGAGCUCUCAGGAGAUCAGUUCUCGCCGUUUCCCAGUUCAGUUCCCCUUCCCUGUCAAGCAUGUAACAGAAAAGACAAGGAGCAUAGCAUGAAUAUGAUGCGAAAUCUCUCGUAACAGAUCUCCAGCAGCAAAGAUAUUUAUGCUUGAACCUUGACGACUGCGUCUCCAGUCUAUUCUCCUCAUCUAAACCAGAUGACAUGGCACCACUAGUAGUUUCAUACUACUAGUAGUUUUUUACUACAGUCAUCUGCAAAUAGGGCCCCGCCGUAUACUUCUUAUGUAAAUCAAGUGGCUAGAUUGCCGGACACUCAGCUAUGGCUGAGGUUAUUUUAUCACACUUUGCAACCUCUGUUCUCCAGAAGGUCGCAUCCUUGGGCAGAAAAUGGGCUAUUAAUGAGAUCAAGUCAGCCUGGAAUGUCAAGAAAGAAAUAGGGAAGCUAGAAAGGUCACUAAGGUCCAUUUGUGCUGUUCUUCAAGAUGCCGAGGGAAGGCAGUCCUGUCCUCAUGCCCUUCAAGAGUGGCUGGACAAUUUGAAGGAUGCAAUAUAUGACAUAGAUGAUGUUUUGGAUGAUGUGGCUACUAGAGACCUGGAGCAGAAAGUACAUAAAGGUUUUCAUGCUCAACUUCAGAAUCUACUGGUUUCUCCCUUCGAACUGAGUCACAGAAUAAAAGAAGUUCGUGAGAAACUCGAAGAGAUAGCUGCAAACAAAACACAAUUUGGAUUAACUGAGCAACCAAUUCAAAUCUCGGUGACCAGCACAAGUAGUAGCAGGGAAACAUAUUCCUUUAUCAAUGAACCAGACAUUAUUGGGAGAGAUGGAGCUAAAAAUGAGAUUGUCACUAGGAUUCUAACUGCUGCAGACUCCACUAGUUCUUUGUCUGUACUUCCUAUUGUUGGCUUAGGAGGCAUUGGAAAGACUGCAUUGGCCAAAUUAAUUUACAAUGAUGUGCGGAUUACUAACAGGUUUGACAUAAAGCUAUGGGCUUGUGUCUCUGAUGUAUUUGAUCUUAAGAAGGUAUUGGAAGAUCUACUAGAAUCAGGUACUGGUGAGAGCCAUAGACACCUAAAACUGGAGACGGUUCAAAAAAGGUUAUGUGGGCUUUUACAGAAAAGGAGAUAUUUUCUUGUUCUAGAUGAUAUGUGGAAUGAUAAAGCUAGUGACUGGGAUGAGUUGAGAGGCUUUCUAUCCAGUGGAGGAAUUGGAAGUGUGAUAAUAGUCACCACACGCAGUAUAAAAGUCGCAUCAAUGAUCAAUACAUUAGAACCUUAUGACGUGGCAAAACUACCAAAUGACGAGUGCAUGCAAGUAUUUAUUUGCCGUGCAUUCAGAGAAAAUGAAGCUAAAGAUCCAGAGUUGCUAAAAAUUGGAGAGUCAAUUGUUAAAAAAUGUUGUGGUGUUCCUUUGGCAGCAAAGACGUUGGGUUCUCUUUUGUUUAGUUGUCGAAAUGUGGGAGAGUGGAGGUCCAUUGAUGAAGACAAUCUAUGCAAUGUUAAGCAAGACCGAGAUGGUAUAUUGCCAACAUUAAAACUAAGCUUCGAUGCACUUCCACCCCAUCUACGGGCCUGUUUUGCUUCCUUAUCCUCUUUCCCCAAGGACUCUGAACUUUUCAAAUAUAGUCUUAUUAUGUUUUGGAUGGCACUUGGGUUGCUGCAUAGUGGAGAGGAAAGCAAUGACCUGAUGUCUACUGGAGAAAGAUACUUCCAUGAACUAUUAGGAAGAUCCCUUUUGGAAGAUCAUUAUAUAGUUUUUGAUGGAACUGUUUCAAGGUGCAAAAUGCAUGAUCUAAUUCAUGAUCUUUCGAUAGAAGUGUCCAAAAAAGAGCACGCAGUUGUUAGCUGUAGAAAAGUUGAAGUCACUGAAAGGACUAGACACCUAGUGUGGGACCACGAACACUUCACAAUGGAGAUGAAAUUCCCUGGCCAGCUAAAAAGGGCCUGCAGGGCAAGGACAUUUCGAAGUAAAUUCAGUUAUGGCAUUGUGAGUAAAUCUUUUCUUGAAGACCUUUUUUCAACAUUCAGGCACCUUCGUGUCCUAGUUUUUAACCAUGCUGAAUUUGAGGAGCUGCCAAAUUCGAUUGGAAAUUUAAGGCACCUAAGGUACCUAGAUCUACAAUGGAAUAUCAAAAUCAAAUACCUACCAAAUUCUUUAUGCAAGCUGGUGAAUCUACAAACGCUCUUGCUUGCUCGAUGUCACCAACUAGUGGAGCUACCAAGAGGGGUGCAUGGACUUGUCAAUCUGACAUUUCUCUUGCUAACUUCAAAGCAGAAACAUUUGUUAAGACAUGGGUUUUGUGGUUGGGCUUCGCUAGCACAUCUACAUUUGAGUGGCUGCCUUGAGCUAACAUCAUUCACAGAGGGAAUUGGCAGCCUAUCUGCCCUCAAAGAGCUACGCAUCUUCAACUGUUCAAAGUUGGCUUCUCUUCCCUCUGCCAUGAGGCAACUAUCCAAACUCCAAAAGUUGGUUAUUAAUAAUUGUGCAGAGCUUGAUCUGAUGGAACCAAAGGAAGCCAUGAGCGGGCUGUGCUCCCUUCGUUCGCUCAAUCUUGUUGCUCUUCCAAAGUUGGUGGAAAUUCCAGGAAGCUUCAAAUCUGCUGCAUCCUCUCUUGAAUAUGUUUGCAUUGAUAAUUGCAAAGAAUUGGAGAGGCUGCCAAGUGUACUCAAAGAAUUCACUUCUCUUAAGAAAGUGUUCAUUCUUGACUCCCCUAGGUUGAGCAGGAGAUGCGCGGUGGAUUCCGGGGAGGAUUAUCAUCUCAUCAGCCACGUCCUUGAGAUAGAGAUUGAUGGAGUGGGGUUGAAAAGGAAGAGGGGAACCUAGCAAGCUUGCUGAUCCUGAAUCAUGGCAGGACGGUGAGCUUUCAGCUAAGCGGACACGCUACCUGGUGUUGCUAGUUCGCUACUGUGUUUUUUCCCCUGCGUUGUUGGUUGUUCUUUCCGGGCACUAUGCAUUAUAUGUUUGUGGUCUUGUGGUUACGUGGUCAUGACAAUGGCAGUAGCAGUUUGCCGCCUAAAUAAUAAGCUGGACACAGUCGGCUUGAAGUGUAAUGUAACUUGCACAUUUACUUGUUACGUGAGUUGAGCUAUUGCAAAUGUACAAUCAAUCGAUUAGCAAACUUGGUGAGCCUAGGCACCUCUGUACGUUA